UUUCUAUUUUUGGUUAGUGGCGUGUUAGCGUUUUUGUGUACAGAAAUGAGAAUUAUUUCGCAAGUAUUGUUGUAAACCUCAAAAUACUGUUACAUUUUUACUACGUUUAGAGAUUUAUGCAAUCUAAAUUGUAUAGUCGCAAGAUAAUUGUAAAAUGGCGGACGAAGUGCCCGUUUGUGAUGUAUUAUGUGAAGCAAUGGAAUAUUUGUCGAAACUGGGGUCUAAUCUGAGGGCCCGGUCUGAAAACUUGAAAGAGAAAAGAAUACGGAAAGAGAAGCUCAAGAAUUUCCAUGCUGUACAGAAAGCAGCGGACAAAGUUCUCCUGAUAUGUCAAUUGUCAAAAAAGUCCUUAGAAAAUGUGGAAGUUGGCGUUAGAAAAGUGCUGUCGAUGGUGAACGAUAGUCAGUCCAGCAUAGGCGUAGAUGCGGUGUCUCCAGCUCCAGCAGUUGCCGAACCAGAAGCGAAGUACCAGUACUUUAAAUACCGCUCACGCAAACUAAGGAUAGCGAAACAAGUUCCAUUAAAACAUUACAUGUCAGUGAAGGUUAUGGCGCGAAAAAUGCCCCGGUCGAUGCAAGAUAAGUAUCCGGUUUACUAUGAUUGCAAGUUGUAUAGAAGAAGGAAAAGAAAACAAUCUUCAGAAAAUAAUGAAAAUACUAAAAAGAAAUCUGACGCAUUGGUUGAGAGAGAUAAGACUGAAGACAUGCAUUCAAAAACAACAAAGGAAGGUCUUAAAUUAGAAUCUGAUACAAAAGAAAAUAAAAUAGAAUCUAAAUUGCGUGAUAAACAAACUUCAAAGUCCAAUUCUGAAACCGAAGAUAAUGACGGAAGUAAUUUUAAAGACAGGGGAAAAAGUGAAUCAUCAGAUGUUUGUAAGAAAUCAAAAAUUGAUUCCAUUUCAAAAAAAUCUGAUGGAAAGGACAAAAGACUAUCAUCUGAGUCAGAUGGAAAAUCAAAAAAUGAGGAAAGAAGUUCAGAGAAGUUGGAAUCAAAAGACAGAAGACAGUCUUUAGAGGACAAAGCAAAAAACAAAAAGCAAUCACCCGAAAAAGCUAAAAGUGAUCCUUCAAAAAAAUUUGAUUCAAGAGACAAAAGACAGUCUUUAGAAGGCAAAAUAAAUAAAAGUAGGCGAACUUCUGAGUCUCAUAAAAAAUCUAGCAGUGAAGAAGCUAGUUCAAAAAAUGGAAUGGAAUCAAGAGACAAAAGACAUUCCUCAGAGGACAAGCGAAAAUCCAAAAAUGACAGCUCAAAAAAUUCUGAAAUGAAACAUGACACAGAAAAAUCUUUAGAGUCAAAGAGCAAAGCUAAAGAAGAUGAUGAUGAUGAUGAAAUCCCAAAGAAAUCAUCAAAAUAUGGCAAAACUAAAUUCAGAAAUAAUAGAAUAAUAGAUGAUGAUAGUUCUGAAAAUAGUAAUGAUCUAACUUCUAGAAUUAAAGUACCAGAUGUUCAAGGCAAUGAUAAUAACGAGUCUGUAGAAAAUUGUGAGAACAAUGACAGUACAUUACAGUUGCACAAAUCUAAAAAAAGGAAAUUAAAUGAUUCAGAUAGUGAAACUGAUGACAACAAAAAAUCAGAAGAAGAAAGCCAAAUUAAUUCCGAUAACAUAGAAAACACUCCUCAGACUGAACCUGUAAAACCAUUGAUAAAGUGUGUUAGUCUUACUAAAUUGCUGAAACCAGACAUUUUAGAAAAAAAUGCACCCCAGGAGAAUACUAAAUCCAAGAUUGUUGGGAUUAGUGAGAAGAGUUCUGAAAACAAUCAGAAUACUAAAAAUAAACAAAAUUCAAAACAAGGGAACAAUAAUAAAAUAGAUAGAUAUCUAUCAAAAGUACCAUCCAAAAAGGAUGAUGACUAUUGCAUGCAGAAAAGAAAAGAAGUUAGUAACUUUGUACCUAAAAAUUUUAGUAUUAAAAUAACUAGACUACCUGAACUGUCUCAAAGUUUUUUACAAAUGCAUAAUUUGAUAAAAAUUACUCAAAAUGAAAUAAUAGUUUGUGAAUUGAUAAAAGAAAAAGGAUUGAUUGAAAAUUCUGAAUUAAUUGUAAAUAACCAGUCUGAAGAAGACCAAAAUUCUAGGAGCAAAGAGGCUUCACCAGACAAUUUGAAUGUAGCAAAAAGUGCUCUUCUGGAUGAUUCCGAAUCUGAGAAAUCUGAUGUUGGUAAUAAAUCACCAUCUCCACUACCAAUAACUGAACUAACUGAGAAUGUUAAAAAUGCCUUGCUAAAUGACUCGGAUGCAGAAAAAAGAACAGAAGAAGAAAAUGAAGGUAUAAACAGAAGAGGUCAAGAUCAGAACCAAAUAAAAAAUGUCCUCUUGAAUGAUUCUGAUUCAGAUAAAAACCAAAAAGAAAAUGAAAGCAUGCAUGUAAAAAAUAAGGCUAAAACUAAAUUACUUGAAGAUUUUUCUAAGAUCAAAAGUACUUUACUUAAUGAAUCAGAUUCUGAUAACCAUGAAGCUGCAGAUUCAGACAAAGUUCACAAAGAUAAAUCUCCAAAAAAUAACCAGGAUGUUGCUGAUGAACAAAAUAGUUGUGAGCCAGAUAAUUCUCAGUGUGAAAAAGAAGUAGAGUUACAAAACAAAGAAUUAUCACAAGAUAAAGAACAAAACAAUGAGCUGGAAAUGUCGAAAAGUGAAAGAAAAAAAGGCAAAGAAGGAAAACCAAAAUCUAAGAGAAAACACAUAAUGGAGAGCAUGCAUGCAAAAAAAAUGUUACUCACAUACUCCUCUAGCUCUGACACUGAAGAUGAACAGUUGAAAAAUGCCCUGAAAGAAAUUAAAGAUUCUCUGCUCAAAGGCAUAUCUAGUUCUGAUGAUGAGAAAAAAAAGAAAGAAAAUGAUGUAACUAAAAAUUCAUCAUCUGAUUCAGAAGAAGAUAUUUUGACAGGGGCAAAAAGUAGUAAAAAAUCAAAUAAAGAAGAUAAUACUGCAGAAUCUGGGAGAUCUGGAGACAAUGAGAAGGAUGAUGCAAUGAACAACAAACGUCAAAGGGACAGCGAUGAAACUUCAAAUGAUUCUUUGAAUCCCACUAAAAAAAAGAUGGGGCGUUCUAGGGCACAACCUGGUGGUAGCAGCAAAGAUUCUGACAGCCGGGAUGACAAAGAUAUUGAUGGACUUACAAAUCUCAACAGUCUGAAUAAGAACCGUCGACGGCAUGGUUCAACUUCUACUGAGAAAACCGAAACAAAUUCCAUAAGUUCAACUAAAAAGAUGCCGAAAGUACCACUUAUAAACCAGGAAGAUAUGCUUCAGGCGGAGACCAGUUCCGAAGCAGGCUCCGUCGCGGAGAGCGAAGCUGGAGAAGAUCUACCAUCAAUAUCCUUGACGGGUCUGAAUGGUUCCGGUGGUGAUCACUUAGCUAAAGACGAUUUAUUAGAAGAAAGUGACACUUCAGGGUCAAACAAUGACAAAGAGGAAAAGAAAAUGACUGAUUCAGAUGAGGAAGCAACAAUGAAAGCCAAACGGCGCAAAGCGCACGCGACCAUAUCGUCGGACAGCGAGGCUGGUUCCUCGCGCAAGAAGGAUUUCGCCGACACGGAGGCCAAGAUCAGCGACUUUGAAGACUCGGAAGAUGAUGGCUCCUCCGAAUCUAACAAGAAGAAUAAAAGGCGAAAGAAGGCAGUUGACAGUGACGCCUCUGUCGGCUCCUCAUCCAACGACGGAAGCAAAAAGAAGCGGCGGCGCAUCAAACAGCUGAACGACAGCGAUGGCUCCGGCUCCGACACGGAGAACGAAGGCAAGAACAAACACGGCAGGAAGAAUAUCCGUAAGGUGAUGGGCAAAAACCAAUUAGAAGAAGCCACCAAGAAAGCUGCGAGACAAGAAAAAGAAAGGAUUGCCAGAAUUGCUGAGAGACAAAAAAUGUACAAUAAUUUGGAAUUCGAUGAAUCGGGAAAGCCAGAUGAAGUGGUCCUGGAGAAAGUAGUAUUAGAUUUCGAUCCGGAAACUAAGAAGCCACUUAUUGAAGUUGACAGAGGACUUGUCAAGAAGUUGAAGCCGCAUCAAGCGAACGGAAUAAAAUUCAUGUGGGACGCGUGUUUCGAAAGUGUGAAACGCAUCAAGAAAGACAAGGGAUCCGGUUGUAUUCUCGCCCAUUGCAUGGGUCUCGGAAAAACCUUACAGGUGGUCUCCCUGACGCAUACGCUGCUGACGCACAGCGAGCUGACAAGCGUGCAGCGGGUGCUGGUGGUGUGCCCGCUGUCCACCGUGCUCAACUGGGUCAACGAGUUCCGCAUGUGGCUGAAGCACGCCGAGAGGGACUACGAGGUCGACGUGUACGAGCUCUCCAGGUACAAACAGAACUCGGAGCGCGCGUUCCAGCUGCAGCAGUGGUUCGACAACGGCGGCGUGUGCGUGCUCGGCUACGAGAUGUUCCGCAACCUGUCCGCCGACAACCCCAAGAAGUUCAAGAAGAAGAUGCUCAAGACCUUCCAGCAGAGCCUCGUGGAUCCAGGACCGGACCUAGUGGUAUGCGACGAGGGCCACUUGUUGAAGAAUGAAAAGACCAGCCUCUCUCAAUCCAUGAACAGAGUGAAGACUCUGCGACGCAUCGUACUCACUGGCACGCCGCUACAGAACAAUUUGAAGGAAUACUACUGCAUGGUACAGUUCGUGAAGCCGAACCUUCUUGGAAAAUACAACGAGUACCUCAAUCGCUUCGUCAACCCCAUCACCAACGGCCAGUAUACCGACUCCACGGAACACGACAUCCGCAUCAUGAAGCGCCGCUCGCACGUGCUGCAUAAGAUGCUGGAUGGAGCUGUGCAGAGGCGAGACUACGGCGUACUAGCGCCAUUCCUACCACCCAAGCACGAAUACGUGUUAUUCAUCACGCUAUCGGAGGUGCAGUGCAAACUAUAUCAGCACUACCUGGAGAACUACUCGAGAAGACCACUCCCGGGUAAGUCAUCCGGCUUCCUGUUCCCGGAUUUCCAGUCGCUACAGCGGAUAUGGACGCACCCGCUCGUACUGAAAUACAACUCCGAGCGAUAUGAGAUCAUGCAGCAGAAAAAGAGGGAGAGAGAAGAAGAAGACUCCGAGGGAUCAUUAGUAGAUUUCAUAGAUGAUGAUUCCACUCCAGAAGAGUCGUCAACAGAAGAAUCCACAGACGAAUUGUCAGACAUGAGCGACGACAGCCGGAAGAAGAGUAAAAAGAAAAAGUCCGCCAAGAAGAGCAAGGCCAAAGACGCCAAGGUCACCACGCGCCGCGGGACCCGGGCCAACCCUGUGGAAAUGGAAGAGGACGAACAAAACGAGAUCGUGGAGCUCAAGAACGAAAACCCUACGGAGUGGUGGAUCAAGCUGGUGACAGAGGACGAGCUGGAGGAUAUGCGCCACUCUCACAAGCUCGUGCUGCUGUUCGACAUCCUGCGACAGUGCGAGGCCAUCGGCGACAAGCUACUGGUGUUCUCUCAAUCAUUGUACUCGUUGGAUCUCAUUGAGCACUUCCUCGGGAAAGUGGACGAAGCGACGCAAGAAGGACGCAUUGAUGAGAAACUAGGCGGUCACGUGGGUUCAUGGUCGCCAGGUGUGGAUUACUUCAGGCUCGACGGAUCGACAUCGUGUGAAAACAGAUCUAUUUGGUGCAAAAAUUUCAAUAGAGAAGACAACCCUAGAGCUAGAUUAUUCCUGAUCUCGACACGCGCGGGUGGACUGGGCAUCAACUUGGUAGCAGCCAAUCGCGUGGUCAUCUUCGACGUGUCGUGGAAUCCAUCCCACGACGUGCAGAGUAUCUUCCGCGUGUACCGCUUCGGCCAGAAGAAGCCGUGCUAUAUCUACCGGUUUUUGGUCAUGGGCACAAUGGAAGAGAAGAUCUACGAGCGGCAAGUGACAAAGCAGGCGAUAUCCAAACGCGUGAUCGACGAGCAACAAAUCGACCGGCACUACGCGGAGAACGAUCUCGCAGAACUAUACAAGUUCGAGCCCACGCCGCCGCAGCCGCGCCCGCUGCCGCCGCUGCCCAAGGACCGCCUGUUCGCGGAGAUGCUACGUGAACAUGACAAGCAGAUAUACAAAUACCACGAGCACGACUCGCUGCUUGAGAACAAAGAAGAAGAAACUCUGAGCGAGGAAGAACGCAAGGCGGCGUGGGAGGACUUUGAGAACGAGAAGAACCGCCCGCCGCCCGCGCCCUUCCCCUCCGGCUGGCCUAUGGCCAACGGCAUGAUGUCCGGGCUAAUAGCACAGCAGCAGCAGCAACUAGCGUACGCGGCGCUGGCGGCCAUGCUGCGCAAGGACAUGCCCAACAUCAACGACAACCAGAUCCGAGACAUGCUGCCGCUCAUCUACAACGCCAACCCGGCCCUGAUGCAGAAAAUGAGUGAGAUUUACAAGUACGCGCAACCUGGAAUGAUGAACCCCAUGAUGCACCCCAUGUUAGCGGGCGGCGGCGCGGCGCCGGGCCCGGGCGGCAUGAGCGGCUCGAGCGGGCUGCAGUACGAGCCGCCGUGGCAGCGCCAGCAGCAGCAGCAGCAACAGCAGCGCUUGCAGCAGCUGCUGCAGCAGAACCAAAUGGGCGCUAAGUACUACGCGGGCGGGCUCGGCAGCCGCGACCCGGUGGCGAUGGCGCUUCAACAACAGCGGGCGCGCGAGAUGCUCACGGGCGAGCGAGGCCGGCCUCGGGGCCGCCCGCCGCUGCAGCCGCGGGCUCCGCCGCCGCAUGCCAGCGGGGACGUGGUCAACCUCGACUCCGACUAG